GCCACAGCCGGGAGCCGGGAGCCGGGGCUGGCGGCGGGCAGGGAGGCGCGGGCGGCGGAGCGGCGGGAUGCGGCGGUGCCGGGCAGCGGCGCUGGCGGGGCUGACAGCGGUGCUCCUGGCGGCUGCGGGCAGAGCCCAGGUGCAGCAGGACCCGUGGACAGAGACCACCGAAGACACCGGCAUCAAAAUCAACUGCUCACACCCCAACACAGGGCUUUACGACUCCAUCCAUUGGUAUCGUCAGCUCCCGGGCCGAGGCCCCGCAUUCCUCGUGAGCGCUAUUCAAGGCUCCAAAGAGCUGCAGGACCCGCCGGGGCGGCUCUCGGUGGCGGCAAAUCGCCGGUUCAACGUCCUGUGGCUCUCCCGGCCCCGGCUCCGGGACGCGGCGGUGUACUACUGCGCCCAGACACGGAGAGAGGAGCCGGGGCUGCGGCCGAGCAAAAACCGCUGCGGGCGGAGCCGGGCGUGUGUGUCGGGGGCGCUGGACAUCGGCGGCCGGGCCCGCGAGGUGGCGCUGCUGCUCCGCCCGGUACCGGCAUCGGGCCCGUCGAGCACCCCGCAUUCGUGCCCCGGUGCAUUCCCCGGACGCGGCUCUGGAUCUAAGCUCCGGGCAGAAACUCAGGAAGGCACUGAGACCGUCCACUCUAUGCCGCGAAAACGAGCAAAGGCGAAUGGGCCUCAUUCUUGCCCUCCUCACAGCAGAGGUGUGUCUAUGUCACAUACACUCUGGUACACUCUGCAGGAAGCAGCGAUUUCAUUGUGCCUUGCUCUGUAGUGUGUUAAGCAUCUUCCGAGGGACAGGGAUUCCGGAGCUGGGAAAAAUGAUCUUCACCAUGGCUUUGCCAGCAUGUGUCCUGCUAAUCCAGACAGGUUAGUAUACUCAUGCACUUCCUAUUUUUUCCCACAUUUUUUAGUAGCCUGUGAGCAACUAUGUGCUGACAAGAUGAGGACAGGCAGUAAUGCAGAGGGGUGGUGGAAGUAGAUACCUGAAAUUUCCUUUCCCUUGGAUAAAGGAAAGGUGUGGAGCAAACACAGCCUUAAACACAAAGCAAGAGAGAAGGAAGCAAGCUGCUCUGCAGACACAUUUCUGUCUGUGUUGCAGGUCUUGUUGGAGGUAACCCCCCGAAGCAAUUCCUCUCCGAUGUGUCAGCCAGAGUUGGGCAGCGAGUGGUUCUGCCCUGCCAGUCCACCAUCGAGGACAGUGGCAGCGGUCUGAACUUCUUCUGGUAUCGCCAGCUCCCAG